GCGAACCUUACUGUUUGUGACAUGGAGCAUGUAAAGACUUUUUAAACAUGUUUAGUAACCGCUAAUAUUUCUUUCAAAUGUGAUGGGCGUGCGAAAACACUGUUACUCUAGCACCAAUUUUCUGUUUGGAUUGCAGGUCUUGUCAGCUGCAGCAGCUGCUGGUGUAUCUGUAGCCUUCGGGGCACCUAUUGGCGGAGUAUUAUUCAGUCUGGAAGAGGUCAGCUAUUAUUUUCCCCUCAAAACAUUGUGGCGUUCAUUCUUUGCUGCCCUGGUGGCAGCAUUUACUCUACGCUCCAUCAAUCCAUUUGGGAACAGCCGCCUAGUUCUAUUUUAUGUGGAGUUUCAUACCCCAUGGCAUCUCUUUGAGCUUGUGCCAUUCAUUCUACUGGGGAUAUUUGGCGGUCUGUGGGGAGCUCUGUUUAUCCGCACAAACAUUGCCUGGUGUCGGAAGCGGAAGACCACCCAGUUGGGCAAGUAUCCUGUCAUAGAGGUACUCAUCGUGACAGCCAUCACUGCCAUCCUGGCUUUCCCGAAUGAAUACACCCGGAUGAGCACAAGUGAGCUCAUUUCUGAGCUAUUCAAUGACUGUGGUCUUCUGGACUCCUCCAAGCUCUGCGAUUAUGAGAACCAUUUCAACACAAGCAAGGGUGGUGAACUUCCUGACAGACCUGCUGGCAUGGGAGUCUACAGUGCCAUGUGGCAGCUGGCUUUGACACUCAUACUGAAAAUCAUCAUUACUAUAUUCACCUUUGGCAUGAAGAUCCCGUCUGGCCUCUUUAUCCCUAGCAUGGCUGUUGGUGCUAUCGCAGGCCGACUUUUAGGAGUAGGAAUGGAGCAAUUGGCUUAUUACCACCAUGACUGGGCCAUCUUCAACAGCUGGUGUAGUCAGGGAGCUGACUGCAUCACGCCUGGCCUGUAUGCCAUGGUUGGGGCUGCAGCCUGCUUAGGUGGGGUGACUCGGAUGACUGUUUCUCUUGUUGUCAUAAUGUUUGAACUGACUGGUGGCUUGGAAUAUAUUGUGCCUCUGAUGGCUGCAGCCAUGACAAGCAAGUGGGUGGCAGAUGCUCUUGGGAGGGAGGGCAUCUAUGAUGCCCACAUCCGUCUCAAUGGAUACCCCUUUCUUGAAGCCAAAGAAGAGUUUGCUCAUAAGACACUGGCAAUGGACGUGAUGAAACCCCGCAGAAAUGAUCCGUUGUUGACUGUCCUUACUCAGGACAGUAUGACUGUGGAAGAUGUAGAGACUAUAAUCAGUGAAACCACUUACAGUGGCUUUCCAGUGGUGGUGUCCCGGGAGUCCCAAAGACUUGUAGGGUUUGUCCUCCGAAGAGAUCUCAUUAUUUCAAUAGAAAAUGCUCGAAAGAAACAGGAUGGGGUUGUGAGCACUUCCAUCAUUUAUUUCACUGAGCAUUCUCCUCCAAUGCCACCAUAUACUCCACCCACCUUGAAGCUUCGGAACAUCCUGGACCUCAGCCCCUUCACUGUGACUGACCUUACACCCAUGGAGAUCGUAGUGGAUAUUUUCCGCAAGCUGGGACUGCGGCAGUGCCUGGUUACACACAAUGGGCGAUUGCUCGGAAUCAUUACCAAAAAGGAUGUGUUGAAACACAUAGCACAGAUGGCGAACCAAGAUCCUGAUUCCAUUCUCUUCAACUAGAGUCACGGGGUUGUUGUGGAUUUAAAACAGGAAGGACAUUGCAGACCAUGGAUAUGUUUUAUUAACUGGGUACCCAAAACACAUUUCCCAUAUUUGGAUGGUGAAGUCAUAUUAGUGUGUUGUCUCUUUCCUACAAGUUAACCAGUUGCACUACAUAAUCUCUGGAAAUUAAUCUUUUUAGGGGAAAAUACAGUUAGGCUUCUGUGAUGUUGCAUUAGAAAGAUUUCAUGAAAGAGUAAACAAGAUUGCUAUGGUUUAA